CCUCCGGCAGGAGCAGUGGAUGAACGUCCGGGUCGGAGACAUCAUCAAGUUGGAGAACAACCAGUUCGUGGCGGCUGACCUCCUCCUCCUCUCCAGCAGCGAACCCCAUGGGUUGUGCUACAUCGAGACGGCGGAGCUGGACGGGGAGACCAACAUGAAGGUGCGACAGGCCAUCCCCGUCACCUCGGAGCUGGGGGACACCAGCAAGCUGGCUCGGUUUGACGGUGAAGUGAUCUGUGAACCCCCCAACAACAAGCUGGACAAGUUUGGCGGGACGCUGUACUGGAAGGAGAGCAAGUACCCCCUGAGCAACCAGAACAUGCUGCUGCGGGGCUGCGUCCUGCGCAACACCGAGUGGUGCUUCGGCCUCGUCAUCUUUGCAGGGCCCGACACAAAACUGAUGCAGAACAGCGGCCGGACCAAGUUCAAGCGGACGAGCAUCGACCGGUUGAUGAACACGCUGGUGCUCUGGAUCUUCGGGUUCCUGGUGUGCAUGGGGGUGAUCCUGGCCAUCGGCAACGCCAUCUGGGAGCACGAGGUGGGCAUCUGCUUCCAGAUCUACCUGCCCUGGGACGAGGGGGUGCACAGUGCCUUCUUCUCCGGCUUCCUCUCCUUCUGGUCCUACAUCAUCAUCCUCAACACUGUGGUGCCCAUCUCGCUCUACGUGAGCGUGGAGGUGAUCCGUCUCGGGCACAGCUACUUCAUCAACUGGGACAAGAAGAUGUACUGUGCCAAGCGCCGGACGCCCGCUGAGGCCCGGACCACCACCCUCAACGAGGAGCUGGGGCAGGUGGAGUACAUCUUCUCCGACAAAACCGGCACUCUCACGCAGAACAUCAUGGUCUUCAGCAAGUGCUCCGUGAAUGGCCACAGCUACGGUGACGGCGGUUAAUCCCAUCUCUGCCCCUGCCAGAGGCCGGAGCCGGUCAACUUCUCCUUCAACCCGCUGGCGGACCCACGGUUCCAGUUCUGGGACCCCGGGUUGCUGGAAGCCGUCAAGCUGGGAGACCCCCACGUGCACGAGUUCUUCCGCCUGCUCUCGCUCUGCCACACCGUCAUGUCCGAGGAGAAGAGCGAAGGGGAGCUCUACUACAAGGCCCAGUCACCGGACGAGGGAGCGCUGGUCACGGCUGCCAGAAACUUCGGCUUCGUGUUCCGGUCCCGCACGCCCAAGACCAUCACGGUGCACGAGCUGG